CGUAUACACACCCACCACACACACAUUUUAUUUGCCUUUAAAAAGAGAAGCAUACUCACGGGUUCCUGUCACUCCGAGUUAUUCACCCACCAACAUCAUGACUGGGAGAGUUGUUUUUCUGGGACUUCUGCUCAUCUGUAUGACUGCAGAAGAGAGGUCUGGACUCAUGAGAAAGCCUACUUGUCCUGACACGGCAGAGAUUGUGGCGUGUCCUUUGAACCUCUCUCCUGUAUGUGGCAGCGAUGGAAACACUUAUGCAAAUGAGUGUCAGCUGUGUGCCCAGAGACAAUCAACGAAGGUGGACAUUAUGAUUGUCAAAGAGCAGAGCUGCUGACCUCCACACCUGGUGAAGUCACUGUCAAGGGCCCAAUCAGAAUCAAGUGAAAUGAUUCCAACUGUUUUAAAUACUUACCGCAAUCAAUAAAUAUCAUUCAACAGUG